AUGGAAAACACUCCCUUGGCUGGCCGCAUCCAAGACCCUGCCACUUGGAGCGGCCUGGAGCCCCAUUUCGGAUCAAAGGCGGCGCAGCAGCUCGCAGACCAGCUGCUCAGCGGCGCGGCCAGCCUGCCUGGGGCCCUGCCAGAAGUCCCAGCCCUCUCUGGGAAGCUGCCCAGCCUGCCGCAGCUGCCGCAGCUGCCUGCAGGGGUGAACCUGUCAGGUCUCGCGGAUGGGCUCCCAAAGCUGGACGCAUCAGGCCUGGCACAGCGGCUGCCCAACGCGGGCGGCGUGCAGCUGCCGUCAGCGACGGACCUGAAGCUGCCUAGCGUGCAGCUGCCGAGCGUGCAGCUGCCUAGCGUGCAGCUGCCCGACAAGCUCCCGGACACCUCGGCGGUCUUCGACGCGGUCCGCGGCACUGCCGCAUCCGCGGUGGAAGCUGCUCAGCACCUGCCGGAGGAGGUCGCCGUCCGCAUCGCCCUGCUGCAGCAGCUCCUGUCGUCGGCGCCGGACGCGAUUGGCGGCUCGUCGGGCGCCGGCGCGCUCUCCAGCCUCGAGCCGCACUUCGGGACGCGCGCGGCGGAGGCGCUGCUGUCGCAGCUGGGCGCCACCAUCGGCGCGCGCGGCGCGCUGCCGCCCAUGAUGCAGCUGCCGACGGGCGCGGACGCGAUCGCCACCGGGGGCCUCGUGACAGGGGUCGACCCCGCUGACCUGGCGGCAGCGCUGACAUCAGCGUGGGGGACGGCGGGCGACCAGGCCGCCGCCCUGCUGCCGCCGGCCGCGGCCGCCGCGCUAACAGCCGGCGCGGCGGUCGCCGUGCAGCAGCACGCGGUGGUCGCGGCGGCAGCGGCGGCGCAGGCUGGCUCCCUCGUGGCCGCUGCCGACCAGCUGCGCGCCGCCGCGGCUGCGCUGCCUGACACAGGUUUCGGUGGCGUCGACUUCCCAACCCUCUGCUUCGCGGCCGCGGGCGCGCUGCUCGCGACCGCCUUGUCCAUCCCGCCCCCUGAUUACGAGGCGUCGGCGACGGCGCCUGCGCCCGGCGGCAGCAGCGGCAGCAGUAGCAGGUCCGACCCUCGGGACCCUCCGCUGACUCACGAUUACAAUCCAGAGGCGAUGGCCGCCUACUUCCGCCGCCGCCCCGUCGCCGUCGCCGCGCGCGCCGCUCGGCUCGCAUCCGAGGUCGCGGCGCUGGGGCUGGCGGUCGCGGGGGACUUCGCGACUGGGCGCGUGGCCGCGAACGAGCGCGCGCGGGCGGAGCAGCUGCGGGGCGCGAUCGAGCGGCUGGGGCCGGCAUACGUGAAGGUUGCGCAGGCGCUGUCCACGCGCGUGGACCUGCUGUCGCCGGCCUAUUUUGAGCAGAUCCAGCUGCUGCAGGACAGGGUGCCGCCUUUCCCCUGCGACGAGGCCAAGGCGGCCAUGGCGGAGGCGUUUGGCCGCCCUGUGGAGGAGGUUUUCUCGCGCCUGUCGCCGCGCCCCGUGGCGGCGGCGUCGCUGGGCCAGGUGUACCGCGCCACGCUGGUGCCGCAGCUGGGCGGCGGCGAGGUGGCCGUCAAGGUGCAGCGCCCUGGUGUGCUGGAGCAGGUGGCCCUCGACCUGUACCUGAUGCGCCAGGUGGCGGUGCAAAUUGGGAAGCUGCCCGACGUCAACACGGACUGGGCGUCACUCAUUGACAACUGGGCCGUGCGCUUCCUGCACGAGAUGGACUACGCGAGGGAGGCCCAGAAUGCGCUGACCUGGCGGGGGCAGAUGGCGGCCGCGGGCGUGGACGGUGUCACCAUCGCGGAGCCGGUCGCGGCGCUGUGCACCGGCACGGUGCUCACCACCGAGUGGGUCGAAGGGGAGAAGCUGUCAGAGUCUGAUGCGGGGGACGUGCGCACGCUGUGCACCACGCUGCUCAACGCGUACCUCAUCCAGCUGCUGGACACCGGCUUCCUCCACGCGGACCCCCACCCGGGCAACCUCAUCCGCACCGUCGACGGCAAGAUCUGCGUGCUGGACUUUGGGCUGGUGACGGAGGUUACGCCCGAGCAGAGGGUGGCCCUGGUGCAGUACAUCGCACACCUCACAACACAGGACUGGCCCAACGUGGCGCGCGACCUCCAGACGCUCGGCUUCAUCCCCGCCGAGGCUGGGGACCCCGCCACCCUGGGGCUGGUGGAGCCCCUGGGCCGCAUCCUGAGCCAGCUCAGCGGGGGAGGCGGCGCCACCAAGAUCAACAUUGACGCGUGA